GCUGGGCAUGCACCAGCAGUUGGAAGCUGUCACCGAUCUUGCGACCCUUCCCUCCGUCUCGGACGACAUCGUCGUAUCAUGUAUCCGCGAACGGUUUAUGGCCGACACCAUUUAUACCAAUGUCGGCACUUCUGGUCUUGUCGCCGUCAAUCCACACAAAUACGUCCCAAGUAAUUCCGAUUCUGUCCUCCAGAAGUAUGCUGCCGAGUACCGCGACACAACCCCCUCGAAAGUCCUUCUUCCACCGCAUAUUUUUCAGCUGGCAAACAAUGCCUACUACCACAUGCGUCGCACAGCCCAGGAUCAAUGCAUCCUUCUAAGCGGAGAGACGGGCAGUGGGAAGUCGGAGAACCGUCGCCUUGCUAUCAAGACUCUGCUGGAUCUGAGCGUUAACAAUCCUGGGAAGAAGGGCUCAAAGCUCGCACACCAGCUCCCCGCUGCCGAAUUUGUCCUCGAGUCGUUUGGUAGCGCUCGCACGCUCUUCAAUCUCAAUGCCUCACGCUUUGGCAAGUACACUGAGUUGCAAUUUACCGAACGUGGGCGGCUAUGUGGUGUCAAGACCAUCGACUACUACCUGGAGCGUGGCCGCGUGGCCUCAGUGCCCUCCGGAGAACGCAACUUCCACAUAUUCUACUACCUUAUGGCCGGUGCAUCCCCCGAGGAGCGGCAGCAUAUGCAUCUGAACGAGAAAGCGACAUACCGCUAUCUCGCCCAGCGUACACUUCCGGGCAGGCCGACCCAAGGCCGCGAUGAGGAUGCGACGCGCUUUGAUCAGCUCAAGAUGGCUCUGAAGAAUGUUGGCUUUUCAAAACGUCACGUCGCUCAGACCUGUCAGCUCGUCGCUGCCAUCCUUCACCUCGGUAACCUCGAAUUCACUAUCGAUCGUCACCGAAACGAAGACGCGGCGGUCGUCCGGAAUAUGGACGUGCUUGAGAUCGUUGCGGAGUUUUUGGGAGUCCAGCCCGCUGCUCUAGAGACAGCGCUAACAUACCGGACGAGGCUGAUGAAGAAGGAGCUCUGCACAGUCUUCCUCGAUCCGGAUGGCGCAGCUGACAACCGAGACGAGCUCGCCGUGACUCUGUAUUCCCUCCUAUUCACUUGGCUUAACGAGUACAUCAACCAACGUCUCCACAAGGACGACUUCACCAGUUUCAUCGCCUUGCUGGACCUCCCCGGACCGCAGAACCUCACGAGUCGUUCCAAUGGCCUCGACCAGUUUUGCGUCAACUUCGCUAAUGAGCGACUGCAGAACUUUAUCCAAAAACGACUCUUCGAGAGUCACGUCAGCGAGUACAAUGCCGAGGGUAUCUCAAGAUUUGUCCCGCAAGUUCCGUACUUCGACAACUCCGAGUGCAUUCGCUUGCUGCAGCACCGACCUGGUGGCCUCAUUCACAUCAUGGACGAUCAAGCCCGGCGGAUGCCCAGGAAGACGAACCACACUAUGGUCGAGGCAUUCGCUAAGCGCUGGGGCAACCACUCGUCGUUCAAGGUCGGAUCCGCGGAUAGGUCCGGCUUCCCCACCUUCACCAUCAACCAUUUCACAGGACCAGUUACAUAUUCGGCGGAAGGCUUCCUGGAGAAGAAUCAAGAUACAAUGAGCCCUGACUUCGUUCAGCUUCUUCGUGGCACCAGCACCAACGAUACGCCUGCUACCGACGGCUCCGGGUCGAUCAACCCCUUCGUCCGUGGCCUAUUCACCUCUAAGGCAAUCGCAACACAGAUGCAUCCGAAGAACGAGGAGACUAUCAUUGCUGCUCAGCAGCCGGUGAAGCCCAUGCGUGCGCCGUCCACCCGUCGUAAGAAUACGGUCAAACGGAUGUCGACCUUGAAGGAGAACGAGAUAGACGAGAAGGAAGAGGAGGAAGCCCCCGGGGCGGCCCCUUGCAUCGCUGGCCAGUUCCGCGCGACGCUCGACAUGCUAUUCGAGACGUUGGAGGAAGCGCAGGCGUGGUAUGUGUUUUGCAUUAGCCCCAACGACUCGCAGCUGCCCAAUCAACUCGAAGGUCGCUCGGUCAAGGGUCAGGUGCGCAGCCUCGGUCUGUCGGAAGUUGCACGCCGCUGUGCCAACAUGUUCGAGGUGGCGAUGACGCCUCAAGAAUUUCUGGAGCGCUAUCAGGACACCCUGCAGCAGGUCGGUGUACACGAGGGCGAGCCUAAGGAAAAGGUGGAGCGGUCACGAACGGCGCUUGGGCUGGAAGAGAAGGAUGUUGUGCUUGGGAUGACUAUGGCCUUCUUAUCGCACGCUGCCUUCCACCGACUUGAGGAUGAUCUGCGGGCAAAGGAUACCGAGGAGCAGAAGCGCAAUAAGCUUCGUGAAGCUGAAGCUGAAGCUGGCCUUGACCCUCGUGGACUUAGCGACCCAUACGCUCCAUACAGCACCCCUGGUCAGGAAGGCCCUUAUGAGGGCGGCUACAACGAUCCCUUUGGUCAGUCAAAUCAGCAGCUGCCACUUGUUUCCAAUGCCUCUCCGUUCCAUCGCGGUGGCGGCUACGAGGACUACGACGACCAAAAGUCGAUGGACGAGUACGAUGUACGCAGUGCACUCACGAGCCAUCGAGAUGACGAGUCACAGUCCAAUUUCGGCACGGAGUCAUAUGCCCCGUCGCGAAAUAUGUUCCAAGCCGCGGACAAGGGUCUAGCGGACAAAGAAGCGAUUGCGGGCGAGAUUCAGGAAGGCGAGACGGUCGAGACUAUCAAGGAGACUUCUGCGCGGCGACGAUGGGUCGCACUUUGCUGGCUCCUCACCUGGUGGGUACCCAACCCGAUCCUUAAAUGGGUCGGCCGGAUGAAACGUCCCGAUGUCCGGCAGGCCUGGCGUGAAAAGCUUGCACUCAAUAUGCUCAUCUGGCUCAUGUGCGGAGCUGCUGUCUUCAUUAUCGCGAUUAUCGGCCCUCUCAUCUGCCCCACGGAACACGUGUUCAGCUCGAGCGAGCUUCAGUCACACUCCUUCCAAAACAGCCCGAACAACGUCUACACUUCGAUUCGUGGCGAAGUUUUCGACCUGACACAGAUCGCAGCGACCCAUCAGCGUAUCGUUCCCGUCGUUCCGGAGAAGUCGAUACUCAACUAUGGAGGCGUUGCGGCGGACAACAUCUUCCCCGUCCAGGUCAGCGCUCUUUGCAACGGUGUCAGUGGCACUGUGAGCCCGUACGUCGUUCUGGAUUCGAGUAACAACACCGACCCGAAUGCCCAAUACCACGACUUCCGGGCAUGGACCACUGACCCUCGACCUGACUGGUAUUUCGAGAGUAUGACCUUGAUGCGCUGGAACAACCGCGUUGGUUUCGUCGGUAUCGACUCCAAGGAGCUGAAGAAUAUGGCUAAUGCACAACACUCCGUCGCGGUUUACCGUGGCCUGAUCUACGACCUCACCUCGUACAUUGCCAACGGCCCUGCUGUCGCAGCGCCGAAGGGGGAGCAGACACCAUCUGGCAUUGAUACUCAAUUUAUGGACCAGAGCGUUAUCGAUGUGUUCCAGUUCAACGCUGGUCAGGACGUCACGAAGAAGAUUGAUAACCUAAACCUGCCCUCGAAUGUGUUGAAUUGGCAGAGGACUUGCUUACGGAACUUGUUCCUCAUUGGCAGGGUCGACAACCGUAACUCCCCUCAGUGUCUCUUCUCGCAGUAUAUCCUACUCGCUCUGUCGAUCAUGAUGGUUAGCGUCAUUGGCUUCAAGUUCAUUGCCUCCAUCAACUUCACCUCGGCUCGCGCUCCAGAAGACCAUGACAAGUUCGUCAUCUGCCAGGUUCCUUGUUAUACCGAAGGCCACGCUUCGCUCCGCCGCACAAUCGACUCGCUCGCUCAGACCAAGUACGACGACAAGCGCAAGCUGCUCUUCAUCAUCUGCGACGGUAUGGUGGUCGGCGCCGGUAACGAUCAGCCCACGCCGCGUAUCGUCUUGGAUGUCCUCGGCGCCAACCCCAACGUUGAUGCUGAGCCUCUUUCCUUCUUGUCACUUGGCGAGGGUGCGAAGCAGCAUAAUAUGGGCAAGGUCUUCUCUGGACUAUACGAGACCCGUGGUCACGUUGUGCCGUACAUUGUUGUCGUCAAGUGCGGCAAGCCCGGUGAGAAGUCGAGGCCCGGUAACCGUGGUAAACGUGACUCGCAGAUGCUGCUCAUGCACUUCCUGAACAAGGUCCACUUCAACACCCCCAUGAACCCGCUGGAGCUAGAGAUGUACCAUCAGAUCAAGAACGUUAUUGGUGUCAACCCCACUUUCUACGAGUACCUAUUCAUGGUUGAUGCCGAUACUACUGUCGCGCCAUUGGCUCUGAACCGCUUGGUGUCUGCCAUGAUUCACGACAAGAAGCUUCUCGGUGUCUGCGGUGAAACAGAGCUGGCCAAUGCGAAACAGUCGAUCAUCACAAUGAUGCAGGUCUACGAGUACUUCAUUUCUCACCACUUGGCCAAGGCGUUCGAGUCUCUCUUCGGUUCCGUCAGCUGUUUGCCCGGUUGUUUCACGCUCUACCGUCUGAGGACGCCUGAUACUCACAAGCCGCUCCUCAUUUCGAACCAGCUCAUCCAGGACUAUUCCGAGAAUCGUGUGGACACGCUUCAUAUGAAGAAUUUGCUCCACCUGGGUGAAGAUCGUUACCUCACGACCUUGCUCCUCAAGCACUUCUCGCACUUCAAGACACAGUUCGUCCGGGACGCUCACGCAUAUACUAUUGCUCCCGACGAUUGGAAGGUUUUCCUCUCGCAGCGUCGGCGUUGGAUCAACUCCACGGUUCACAACUUGGGGGAGCUGGUGUUCAUCGACGAGCUCUGUGGCUUCUGCUGUUUCUCAAUGCGCUUUGUCGUCAUGAUUGACUUGAUCUCUACGAUCAUUCAGCCGGUCACUGUCGCAUACAUCGUUUACCUCAUUGUUCUCGUCGCCGCCGAAGGGAAGACCAUUCCGACGUUAUCGAUUGUCAUGCUAGCUGCUGUAUAUGGUCUUCAAGCCCUUGUGUUUAUCAUGCGCCGCAAAUGGGACAUGGUCGGAUGGAUGAUCUUUUAUAUCCUCGGUAUUCCUGUGUUCUCACUCUUCUUACCGCUCUAUUCCUUCUGGCGCAUGGAUGACUUCUCCUGGGGUCAAACCCGUAUUGUCUUGGGAGAGGCUGGUAAGAAGAUGGUGGUUCACGACGAAGGCAAGUUCGACCCAAGAUCGAUACCACUGAAAUCUUGGAACGACUACGAGAACGAGUUGUGGGAUAAGGAGUCAAACCACAGUAUCGGCUCGUGGGUCCCGCCUACCAAGUUCCAGAAUGAUGGCUACGCAGAGUCGCAGACUGCGUCUAUGUACGGCCGCGAGACAUACUACGACCCUGCGAUGUCUCACGCGUACUCGCCGUCUCCGUCACAAACUGGCAUGGCGCAUCCUCCACCGGGUUACCAGUCUGGUCGCAACACGCCUAUGUCCAUGAGCUACAUGCCGAGUGUGUUGCACCAGCCAACGCCAUCCCGACCCGCCACAUCGUACCUUGAUGUCCAGAUGCCGACAUCGCACAGUCCAGAGGACAUCGACCUUCCGCCUGGAGCGCCCACAGAUGCUGAGAUUGACCGCGCAGUUCAGCAUAUCCUCCAGGACGCCGACCUGACAAGCGUGACCAAACGCGAGAUCCGACGGCAGUUGGAGGAGCAUUUUGGUAUGGACUUGUCGAGUCGCAAAGCAGCGAUCAACGCCGCCAUUGACCGCGUCCUCCUCGAGCGCGCGGGCUAAUGAAUAUUGGCCGGGACGUUAGCGGGCUACCUUAUGGAACUUCUUCACUUCUCGUUUGGACUUGGUUAUCAUCUCGCGCGUUUGUCGUAUUCUCAUUGACGGACUACUGCAUCUCAUGUGUGCUUUCCUACGUACCAUUCAUAGAAUAUCACGGACUGUAAUAUCUCUCAUGAACUCCCUCACGCUAACACUUCGCUCGAUUGGACAGUCGUAUACGUGCACUCUUUUAGGUUUGACUCCGAAAUCAUUCUACUAAUCAUUAUCACGCGUACAUGUGGACUAAACAAUACAAUGUCGGUG